UGAGUGAUUACCAGGAACCUAAAAAAGCACACUUUGAAGGUAAAACCAACAUCUUCUAAAGUGCGAAACAGAAUCAAUAUUUCUGAACCCUGGAAUUCUUAAGUAAAACAUCUUGUACUGACAGCCAUUGAAAGCCUGAGGAUCGCGUCGAACUAGUCGCCAUUUUUUUUUGCCAAUCUUGCGCUUUGCGCCCAUUUUUUGGCGCUUUAUUCCUUCACCCCUCUGGAAGCACUGCACCGGGUCCAUAGUUCGUCCACAAUUCGUUCGAUCGAGGAUGUGUCCUCCUGUCUUCAGUCUGUGUGAGCCAGUCAUUGAACUCAAGUGAUCUCGGAACCUCGAGGUCAUUUCCAACAGCUGUUCCAUCCAUCUAUCCACCCAUCCAUCCAUCCGUCAUGUGUUUCGGUUUGAAACAGUCCCUGAACGCAUGCACGACGAACUUGGAUGACUCCUGGACCUUGUCGAAUAUCCUCUACCUCUAGAUCUAUCUUCCUCCUCAUUCUCAUCCUUGAACACACCCGUUCGUUCUCUCCUUGACUUCAUCCUGGGAUUCUUGCGGGUCUUGCCUCAUUUAGGAGCAUUGGGCACAAUGGCGGCUUCCUCUCCCCGGGCACGGGCCUUCAAGCCCGUGAGCCAUGUCAUUGUCGAUGUGGAUGGUCUGCUCUUAGACACGGAGAGCAUGUAUGCUCAGGCAGCCUCCGAGAUCCUCACCGAGUUCAAGCACACGCACAGCCUCGAUCUACGAGCCCAAACCAUGGGAUUGAGUGCCGUGGCCGCCGCAGAAGUCUUCAUCCAAGCCUUUGAUUUGCCAUUGAGUCCGCUCGAUUGGCUGGCACGCGAAGAGUCACGGCUCUCUGAGAAUUGGCCCUCGGUCCCGUGGCUUCCCGGAGCGCUGAAGCUCGUCCAUCAUUUGUUCAAGUGCGGCGUGCCCGUGGCUGCCGUGUCUUGUCGCGAUGCCCAGAGUUUGGCGCUCAAGACUCGCGAUCAUUCACGCAUGUUUGAAAUGUUCUCCCACGUGGUCACGAGCGAUGAGGCCCAAGGGACGGACCUGUUUAGUCUGUGCUUGUCUCGCUUUGAGCCGCGGGUUCCGACCCAAGACCAGUGUCUGGUUAUCGAGGACAGUCCCGUGGGGGUUCGAGCUGCGGUUCAGGCGGGCAUGCCAUGUGUCAUGAUUCCUGAUGCGGAGUUCAAGGACGGUAUAGCACCCGCCGAGGCGUCGUUGGUGCUGGACAAUGCGCACCUGUUCCAGCCCGAAAUGUUCGGCUUACCUUCCUUCGAUUAUAAGCCCGUAACGCACGUGAUUUUUGACAUGGACGGCUUGUUGCUGGAUACCAAUGUGUACUAUAAUGAGGUGACGGCGCAGAUUUUGGGCGAGCACGGUCAAGCCUCGGACGAAACGUUCAAGAUGGAAUCGAUAGGAAUGCGACAGAAAGAUUUGGUCCCGAAGAUGUUAGAAUUCUAUAACUUGCCCUACACCGAGGAGGCGUUCAUAUCGAAAUACAUCAAGCUUUUACGAGACAAGUUGCCGCAAUGCCAAGUCAAGUCCGGCGUGUGGGAAUUGGUCUCCCAUCUGGAGAAACACAAGAUACCCAUGGCCGUGGCCACGAGUUCGAGUGGGGGAAAUUUCAAGAAAAAGGUCCAAAACCAUGGCGACCUGUUCAGUCGAUUUCAUCACGUGGUCAACGGAACGGAUCCGGACUUGGAUGAGGGCAAACCCGCGCCGGACAUCUUCUUGCUGUGCGCCGAUCGGUUUGAAGAGAAUAAACCCGACGAUUACAGCAGUUGCUUGGUGUUCGAGGAUUCGCCCAAUGGGGCUGAUGCGGCGCAAGCGGCGGGUAUGCAGUGCGUGUUAGUCCCCGAAUGGAACGAGGUCACGGCGGAAAUGACCAAGAGCGCCACGCAAGUCUUGGGCUCCCUCGAUAAUUUCAGACCAGAAGACUUUGGUCUACACCCUUUUUGAUAACGGUGCUUCAUUACUCGCAUAAUAAUGACAUCAAGAUGAAUCCGUGCUAGAAAUGAAAUACAGAAAUGCAUCUUGCCUGCCCACGAGGCCCAUGCUUGGCAGGCAUUAACCUUGAAA